GGAACCUUUCUGAACAGGCAGGUUGACAAUGGCCACUUCCAGCAUAUGGCUCUUCGCACUUAACACCGUCUCAUUGGCCUGUCUCUUGACCGGAAUUUACUAUGCUGUUCGAUACCACAACAAACCGCUUCUGGCAUGGGACGUGCCCACCCACCUUUCCUACCAAAAGAUAGGAACAGUUGUCCACUCGCGCAAGCUGGCACGCUAUGAUGCUGAUUUCUGGAAUUACGCCGUCCAGAUUUGCGGAGGUGCCAUUGCAGCAAUUACUCUUUUUGCGUUUCAGCGUUACCGCAAUGGUCAAUCACAGUGGAGGGCUCAGUCAACUUCAGGCUCCAGUUUGCGCCCAUCGCUCAGCUCGGUAACAGGAAGUACAUGGAGCCGGUUCGGCUUGAACUUCAGCGGCAAAACAGGUAUCACCACCAUCUUCGCAUGUAUUUCUGUUGGCGCGGGGGUCUUCAGCAGCCUGUUCGGAAUGCACCCCACGACAUGGACGACAACGAGCCCCAUCGGUGCCGUUUCCACUGCCGCCAUCACGGACGAGCUCACGCGCGUCCCGGCCGCGACCCCUUGGGACAUGACGUCCCUGAUGCUGCGCAGCGCCUUUGAGCGCGUUGUUUUGCAGAAGCCGCAUGGUCUACAUGUCACACAUCGCUACCUCACGCGCCAUCUCACAAAUGGGGAGGGUGUGCGAGUCGGGAGGACCGUCUACCCAACCAUUCGGACGCACGGCGUGGGAGUCGCGCCUGCCCCAUGGGAGCGGAGCGGUUACCGCGUGCCAGUUGACCAGAGCCGUGUGCUGGCCUACGAGCCCAUUGUGGCGGCGACCAAUGUGACUGUCCAGUGCAGCGAGAGCACCAAGGACUGGGCCUGGGGUUACGAGGUUCACGAGUUUGCCUCGACGGAAGAACCUGAUCAACCCAACACCAUCAUACACCGUUUCCACUUCUUCCCCAAGACAGACUGGCACACUCGGGGGCCGAAUCGAACCGUCACAUACGUCGACGCGGACCAGACAUUCCACCUCGAGACCUGGCAAGCCCUGAAGAAGGACGGCGAUGAGCCUGAGCAUGCAAAUAACAUGGAGGUACACCAACUCUUUGUCUUCACCAACGUUCACCCAAUCAAACGUGUCCCCAAAGCCAUUUUUAUCGACUGUCGGUACGGAGGCUUCGACGUCAUCAGGCAAGUCACUAUGACCGCACCCUUGGAGCCCAUCUCCAUCGGGGACAUCAGAGACACCAAGGGCGCCCUGGACAUGGAGGACCUGUACCCUGCGGCUUCAGCCAUCGAGAAAGCCCUCGGCCGCGACGGAGGCGCCAUGAUCGCCGGCAUGACGGCUGCCGGCAUGACCUCUCUCGAGGUGUGGGAUCUACUCCGCGGCCGGACGCUCGAGCUACACGAGCUGAUCGAGCACAUCUUGGUCGACACGGCGCAGGCUUACUUCAGCCUUGUCAGGCAGUGGAGGGAGGAGGCUCAGUUCUUUUCGUGGCCGCGAGAAGUCCCGGCGGGCCACUUGACGGCGACCACGAAGCGUAUUGGCUGGGCUGGUAGUGCCGGGCUGGGAGGCGUGAUUGUCCUCGGACUGCUUGCGCUGUUGCCGCUCACGGCUCUGACGAGUCUGUCGCGAGGUGUGGUGCGCGAUUAUCAGCGGAGGAGGUUUUCUAAUAAGUUUGAACUGAAGGACGGGGUGAUCAAGAAGAAAUCUGAUUAAACUCCAAUCGGCUGCUCGUCACUCAGGCUCGGUCUUUCUGAUACUCUCACGUGGUACGGUAUUUCGUGCUUUAUUGGAGUUAUCGUUCCACGCUGGGGUCCCUGAGCCAAGAAGCUGCUGCCCGCCGCCCCGCUGAUGCGGAUGUGAGUGUCUUCGCUACAGACUGGCUGUUACGGUUUGACUGCGACGACUCGGGCGGUGCCGACGAGCGGGAAAAAAAAAAAAAAA